GGAGGAAGCGGAAGCGACGCCGGAAGUGGAAGGGCGGGCCAAAGGAGGCGCGGUCUCCUAAGCUCAUGGCGGGGCUGGUGCUGGGACCCGGCUGGAUGGUGCGGCCUUGGGGUGGCCAGCUUUGCCCUUUCUUGUGGCGUGGACUCGGGCUUUGGAGUCCGGCGGAGAGGCCUGCAAGAGUCUUGCUGAUGCAGUUCUGCGCGCGGCGGGCCUCCGGGCUCGCUGGCAGCCGCCUAGGAAGUCAGCCCUUCAGCACCGGGCUGCCACCACCUCCCGGGUCCCCAGACCCCAAGUCGAAGAACCGCAGAGACCCCACGCGCCCUUCGAAGGCCGGGCCUGUUUCCUGGAAGUCAUUAGCAUUCACAUUUGCCAUUGGAGGAGCUUUAUUGGCUGGAAUGAAGUACUACAAGAAAGAGAAGACAGAGAAUCUGGAGAAGGAACGGCAGCGAAGCAUUGGAAAGCCUUUACUUGGGGGACCAUUUUCUCUUACAACUCAUAUUGGAGAGCCCAAAACUGACAAAGACUACCUGGGUCAGUGGGUAUUGAUUUAUUUUGGUUUUACCCACUGCCCUGAUAUCUGCCCAGAAGAACUAGAAAAAAUGAUUCAAGUCGUGGAUGAAAUAGAUAGUAUUCCAUCUCUGCCAAAUUUAACUCCACUUUUCAUCACCAUUGACCCAGAGAGGGACACCAAAGAAGCCAUCGCAAAUUAUGUGAAAGAAUUUUCCCCCAAGCUGGUUGGCUUGACUGGCACAAAAGAAGAGAUUGAUCAAGUGGCCAGAGCAUUUAGAGUGUAUUAUAGUCCUGGCCCCAAGGAUGAAGAUGAGGACUACAUAGUGGAUCAUACAAUAAUAAUGUACUUGAUUGGACCAGAUGGUGAGUUUCUAGAUUAUUAUGGCCAGAACAAGAGGAAUGCAGAAAUCGCUGGCUCCAUUGCUGCACACAUGAGAACCCACAUGAAAAAGAGGUAGCCAGAGCCAUGCUUCUUGGAUACAGUUUCUCUUGCUAAAGAGGAAUGAAGCUUUUGUCUCCCAUGGGAGCAGUAUAUACAUGCAACCGCCAUUGGCCUUGGUACCACAAGAACAUCUAUAUUUUAGAUGGGGUGGGUGUUCCCCUUGGUUUCAGUCAAGACUCUUGGAACUGUGAAGACUACAAGACAGAGUCUCCCAAGUAGUCACCCUGAGUCCAGAGACCAGGUUUAGUGGAGCCAUUGGCGAGUGGAUCUCACAGAAUGGCCAGCAGGGAGGCACGCUGUAGCAUCUCCUUGAGAACAAGGCCUUUGGAGCAGCAUCGCUGCCUCUCCAGUGUCUUGGACCCUUGCUCAUAGGCCAUGGGGCUGAGUUUUAUAGAAAAGUGCAAUUUCUUUUGCUCUUGCUUUGCUCAUCUUGAGUGCUUGGUGCCUAGUAAUAGCCAAGAUAGGCUCUCUGACAUUCAAAGUUGAUCUUUUUAUCUGAAAGCAAAAGUUUAAUCUUCCUUGUAAAUUACACUGUCAGAUUUGCAUUUCAUUUCACCAUCAGCAAAUUGUGAUUUGAGUAGGGAAGAGGGAAAAAUCUAUUUGGGAAAAAUAACUGUUAGUUUUCAUUCCUGUAGGAGUUUUUGUGUGUGUUUGUGUCUGUAUUUUUUUAAUAGCUAAAUGAUUUGCCAUGUUUUCAGUGAUACACCAAGUGGAAAUAAGAGGAUUUUAAUCAUGUGUGUGAUGCAGAACAUUUUUCUGUGUGUACCAGAUUGUGCUGUAUAUAAAAUAAAGGUGUAU